AUGUCUAACUACGUGAACGACCUCUGGCCGGGCUCGCCGCAGGACAAGGCGUCCCCGUCCACGGGCCGUUCCAGCCGCCUGUCGUCGCGUUCCAGCAGUAACCACUCCUCCUCCAGGAGCUCGGGCGCCCACGCCUCGAGCCGGUCGCCGUCCCGCAGUCGCCGGAACCGCUCGCGGUCUGUUUCCCGAAGGCGCCACCAGCGGAAGUACCGGCGCUACUCGCGUUCGUACUCGCGCAGCCGCUCUCGCUCUCGCUCCCGCGGCCGCCGCCACCACCACCACCACCACGCGCACCACGCCGAAUCCUCCCGCAGUCGCCGCCGCUCGCCGUCGCGCCGCCGAUCCCGCAGCAGGUCCCGCUCCCGGGACAGGUCCUACUACCGGCGGGCUUACGCCCUGACCCGCGGGCGCCGCUACUACGGCUUCGGCCGCACCGUCUACCCCGAAGAACAUCGGAUGGCCAGGGACCGGUCCAGGACGAGGUCGCGCAGCCGGACGCCCUUCCGCCUGACAGACAAAGAUCGAAUGGAGCUGUUAGAAAUAGCAAAAGCUAAUGCUGCAAAAGCUUUAGGAACCACCAACAUUGACUUGCCAGCCAGUCUUAGAACUGAUGCUAAGGAAACAUCUAUAUCUAAUACGAAGUAUGAGCUGUCGGAAAAGUUAACCAAAGAUGGAACUAAAAGUCCCAGUGAAAAAUCUUCCGAGCAAAGAAGCAUAGCUUUUAGCUCUAAUAAUUCUGUAGCAAAGCCAGUACUUGAGAAGGCAGCUAAUUCUACUACCGAAGAGAUUUCUUCAAGAUCCGCCAAAAUAGAUAAGAAAAAAAGUCCAUAUGAACUGUGGUUGCCUGUGUGA